GGACAAGGAGUGGGGAUGGAAGGGGAGGAGCGGGAGGAAGAGGAGGGACAAAGGCGGAUCAAGGCUGGGCAGACGGAACCAUGUGCUCGAGCCCUACCUGAAUUCGCAGCCCCCACCUGUGGGAUCAUCGCCCCCCCCCAUCGCGCAGGAUUUCCCAUUGCCAGCCCCUGGGAGGCAGUGAGGAAGAGGAAGGUGCCCUGGGACACUGAGGCAGAGCAGGAGCUGAGCAUGGAGAGCAGGGAGGACAAAUCCCCGGGGCAGAACCAGGCAGCAGAGGCCGUUUUGAGCGGCUCCACGGCGCAGGAACCCAACGGGGAGGAAAAGCCCCGGAGAUCCCGCACGAGGAGGGGCUGCAAACGCAGAUGGCGGGGAUCUGAGGGGGAAAGAGCCAGCCUGGGCCGGGAAGGCGGCCAGAGAUGGAGCCAGAGCUCAGAGCUGGUGCUCCAUGAGCAGCUCCAUGGUGGGGAGAAGCCCCACACGUGUGGGGAGUGUGGGAAGAGCUUCAGGAGGAGCUCCCACCUGAUCAAUCACCUGAGGAUCCACACAGGGGAACGGCCCUACGAGUGUGAGGAGUGUGGGAAGAGCUUCAGGAGGAGCUCCAACCUGAUCCUGCACCAGAGGACCCACACUGGGGAACGGCCCUACGAGUGUGGGGAGUGUGGGAAGAGCUUCAGGAGGAGCUCCCACCUGAUCCUGCACCAGAGGACCCACACUGGGGAACGGCCCUACGAGUGUGAUCAGUGCAGGAAGAGGUUUCAGACCAGCUCCAAUCUCCUCAAGCACCAUCACACUCACACAGAGGAGAGGCCCUUCCGCUGCCCCGACUGCGGGCAGGGCUUCAGGCGAAAUGCCCAUCUUGUCACGCACCGACGCAUCCACACUGGGGAGAGGCCCCACGAGUGUGGGGAAUGUGGGAAGAGCUUCAGCCGGAGCUCCAACCUGAUCAGUCACCGGAGAACCCACACAGGGGAGAGGCCCCAUGAGUGUGGGGAGUGUGGGAAGAGCUUCAGCCGGCAUUCCAACCUGAUCCUCCACCAAAAGAUCCACACUGGGGAGAGGCCCUACGAGUGUUCUAAGUGUGGGAAGAGGUUUCGGAGCAACUCCCAUCUCCUCCUGCACUAUCAGAUUCACAGAGAGGAGAGGCCCUUCCAGUGCCCUGACUGCGGGAAGGGAUUCAAGCACAACUCCACCCUCAUCACCCACCGGCGCAUCCACACUGGGGAGAGGCCCUACGAGUGUCCCCAGUGUGGGAAGAGCUUCAGGUGGAGCUCUCACUUGACCCGACACCAACGGAGGCACCGGUAAGGGAAGCCCUGCGAGUGCCCCGAAUGCAGGAAGAGCUUCAUGUGCUGCUCCAGCUCCAUCCCCCACUGGAGGAGCCACAUUGGGCAGAGCCCUGGUCCCCCACAUUCCUGUGAUCCAUGUUGGGAACACACCUGGCUGCUUCUCCUUUUGGUCUGGCAAUGAUUUUCUUGUGCCCCAUCUUCAUCCCUUAAAACCACCAUAAACAUGGUUAAAUAAAUGAAAUUGAUCAAAGAUA